AUGAUCACGAUCGUGAUGAUCACCCGACAACCGGCAUUUACGUCGCCGUACUGUACACACACCGACACUUGGCUGCCACCUGCUAGACGUGUGUGCCACAGUGCUGCCCCGGCGGUGGCGUGCGGCGCGAGCUCACUUCGUCCGGCGGUCAAGCUGAUCGACCCGCCUGACGACGAACCUCAGGCGCUGAUGGCGAGGCCAGCAGGCCAGCGGUGCACUCUUGAGCUGGGCGCGAUAGGCGUCGGUGCACCGAGUGCAUAG